AUGUCUCUCCCGGGUCUAGAGCUCACGCAGCCCUCCGCGGAAAGGGAGUUCGCUCCCGCGCCGCCAUCCCAAAUCAACCUCACCCCAGGCUCAGAGUGGAGAUUUGAGAUAGCCUUUGAGACCACAGUCCGAGUAAAGCUCCUAACAGGCACCGCAGAGCUCUUCGGCACCGAACUCGCCCCGUCACAAACCUAUACGUUCUCCGGCACGAAAGCCGCAGUCUACACAUGGCACGGAUGUACACUUGAAGUCAGCGCCGGGGAUGCAGUCUUGGGGAUGGAUGGGAUGACCGCUACGACCACGCCCGCCGGUGGGCGAGGCGGAUUCGGUGCGGGAGGAUGCCAGAGCGAAUACACGGCCGAGGAGACGCCAAUGGUAGAGUACACGAAUGUGCAUUUUGCACUGGAGGGACUACGAGCUGAAGCGAAAGCGAGCGGGAAGGACGGACCGCGUGUUUUGAUUCUCGGCCCCGAGGAUGCGGGGAAGACGAGUCUGUCGAAGAUUCUGACGGGGUAUGCGGUGAAGGUUGGGCGCGAGCCGAUUGUUGUGAAUCUGGACCCGACGGAGGGCAUGCUGAGUGUUCCGGGGACAAUGACGGCGACGGCGUUCCGCGCAAUGUUAGAUGUUGAGGAAGGAUGGGGGAAUAGUCCCAUGUCUGGACCGAGUGCGGUGCCAGUGAAGUUGCCGCUGGUGUAUUUCUAUCCGAUGUCCAAUCCGUUGGAGGCUGAGGGGACGGUGUUUCGCCCUAUUGUGUCGAGGUUGGCAUUGUCGGUUAUGGGAAGGAUGGCGGAGGAUGAGGAUGCGAGGGAGACAGGCAUCAUUGUUGAUACGCCAGGGAUCCUGAGCCAGAGCCGGGCGGGGGCUUUGGAGAUGAUUAACCAUAUUGUAACGGAGUUUUCGAUUACGACAAUUUUGGUUAUAGGCUCGGAACGACUGUACAGUCUUAUGAUGAAGAACUACGAUAAUAAGCCGUCGUCGAGUGCAGCUGCUGCAGCGUUGGACGAACGUAUUUCGGUCGUGAAGCUCUCAAAGUCUGGUGGGUGCGUUGACCGCGACGCUGCAUUCAUGAAGGCUGUGCGAGAAUCUCAAAUCCGUACAUACUUCUUCGGCAAUCCGGUCCCUUCUACAGCCUCAGCGGCAUUAUCCAUUUCCUCAUCGUCGACAACCAACGUUACAUUAUCACCGCACGCGCAACAGCUAGACUUCAACUCCCUGUCUCUCUACAACUACACUACCUCGUCUGCCGAUGACGACCAAAACGACGACGACGAUUAUGAUCCAGCACAGCUGACAACUGGAGAAUCCUUCCUCCCGGGAGACAACGAGGCCGAGAACGCAUCUUCAAUCCCCGGAACCAACCCCGCAACCAAUGAAAGUUCAUCCGGUACCGCGGUCGGUAACUCGCUGGUACCGUUGAAAAAGGUCCUACCGCCUGCACCCUCUGCGCUCGCCAAUACCCUUCUUGCUAUCACACAUUGCCCACCAACCAGCAGCCCCGGUGAGAUCCGCGAUGCGAGUACCAUGGGGUUCCUCUAUGUUGCAGAUGUCGACAGCGAGCGAGGGAAGAUCAGGGUUCUCGCUCCAGCGGGGGGACGGCUCCCUUCACGAGCGAUCGUCUGGGGAAAAAAAUGGCCCGCGGAAGUGGUAGGGCUAGUUGGAUAG